AAACCUUAUGUUGCGUAGUUCGUUCGAUUCAACACUGACUCGUUCGUUCUUCUUCAUCUGUUGUUAAACCCAUUCUCAACUCGUUGCUGAAUUUCACAGAGAAUGGAUGAUAACGCAUUGAAAGAUGAACAGCUUGUUGUAAUCGAUCAACAAGAAAUCUAUGAAUCCUUUGUUUGCUGCGUUUGCCUGGAUCUUUUAUACAAGCCCAUUGUGCUAUCUUGUGGUCAUGUAUCAUGUUUUUGGUGUGUCCAUAAAUCGAUGAAUAGUUCGCGCGAAUCCCAUUGUCCAGUUUGUAGGAAUCCAUACCAUCACUUUCCCACAAUCUGUGAAAUGCUUCACUUUUUGCUUCUUAAGACAUAUCCUGCAGCUUACAAGAGAAGGGAAAACCAGACACUUGAGGAAGAAGAGGAAAUGGAUUCCUUCUCCCCUCAAAUUUUAUGUGAUUGUCCGGGGAAUUCGCCUACCUCUACUAUCAUAAAUCAGGCAUCUAAUUCAUGCAGCACAGAAUCUUUUGAAAUUAUGGAGCAAUCAGGGUCUGCAAAUCAUAAAGGAGAUGAAGCAAUCAUUUCUGAACACUCUUCUGACAGGAAACCUCAAAUUACAGGAACUUCUGUUGAGGGAAAAAGAUUGCCUCAAAAUGAGCACAAUCAGCAACCAAAAAUAUUAGUUACAGAUUUAAUGUGUCCAAUAUGCAAACAACUGCUGAUUCAUCCUGUUGUUCUUAAUUGUGGUCAUGUACAUUGUCAGACAUGUAUUACCGACUUAUCUCUUGAAAUGCUUAGAUGUAAAGUUUGUCAAAGUCCACAUCCCAGAGGAUUUCCCAAAGUUUGUUUGGCUCUUGACCAAUUUUUAGAGAAGCAAUUUCUAGAAGAGUACAAUCAGAGAAGAGAUGCAAUUCAACUUGGCCAAAUCAAAGUCCAACCUGAGACCACAUCUUGUUCAUUGCCGAAGGACAGCGGAGAAAAGAUAUCUUGGUGGUCUAAUCCUGAAUUGUUGGUUCACAGAGGAGUUGGUUGUGAUUUUUGCGGGAUGUACCCAAUAAUCGGGGACAGAUAUAGGUGCGCUGACUGUGAAGAAAGUAUCGGUUUUGAUCUUUGUGGUGAUUGCUAUAAGAACCGUUCAAAGCGUCCAGGACGAUUUAAUCAAAAGCACACACCUGACCACAAGCUCGAGCUUGUACAAUAUCGAAGGAUGCUAAUAAGCCGUGGACAAGAUUCUUCGGAUUUAAUAGUUAUACCAGAUGAUCCUGCUUCCUCCACCGAUGAAGAUGAAAACCAGACCGACUCUGACGCCACCAACUGAAAGUUGAAAUCACAAAAAUCCCUUUUUUUUGUUGUGAUAUUUCAGUCCAAUUAAGUUGUGAAUCCUCAAAUUCUCAUGGUCUAUCUGGUUUUCUUGAUUUGUGCAUAUUGGUUUUAUUUUCUAUCGCAACCGAAUCCAUCGCUUGGUUGUGCAA